AGUGACUAACGAUGCCUAAGGUCCAAGACUAUGAUAAAAGCAACAUAGAAAGGGCAGUGCAAGACGUCAUCAACAAAGUUGAAUCAUAUAGAUCUGCAGAAUUGAAAUAUGGAGUUCCGAAAUCGACUAUAGAAUUUAAAAUUAAGCAUCCUGAUCACAAAAAUACUUGUGGUCCCUCACCUGUUCUCAACGAAGAGGAAGAGGUGAUAUUGGUGAACUGGAUCCUAGAAACAGCACGAAAAGGAUUUCCCAAGAAGGCCAACGACCUCAAGUCCAGUGUUCAAAAUUUUGAUCAUCCGCGGAAAAAUCCGUUCAACAACAAUAGGCCUGGCGAUGGAUGGGUUAAAGUAUCCGGAAAUUGUUGA